AUGGCCGACGAGCGCGACGUGUACCGUGCCGCCGCCGAUGAUCGAGACGCUCCUCUCCGCGACGAAGACCCCGGCCGCGCGAAACCGCCCAAGUCCCCGCCGCCUCAACCCUACCACACCGCCACCGCUCUAUCGUCCCUCGAAAGCCGCCUCGAGGAAUCCGAAGCCCGUCGUAUCGACUCCGAGGAACGUGUUCAGCAAUUGGAGAAGUUGGUGGAGGGUUUAUUGAAAAGCUCACCUGAACCAGCUGCGGCGCGGGCCGGAGUCUCUGAACCAGCUGUGGCGCGGGCUGGAUUCUCUGAACCAGCCGCAGCGCGGGCUGGGGAGUUUACGUUUACGCCGGUGAGAUCGGUCCCCUUGGACGUUCCCCCACACACCAUUCUGGAACGUUCAGGCAAUACCGCUGACCCCCUUGUUCGUUCCCCUGGGGGGGAAUCUCACAGCGCACGAAGGGACGGCCCUUCCUCGGCAGUAAUCAGCUCUCGUUGGAGAGGGACGUUACCUGACCGGGAAGGGCUAUGGACAGGGGAUAAUCCCGAUCGGUUGGUCACUUUCACUACAUUUGGGAAGUCGUACUUGUCUCUACUUUGCGACAUUUCCACCAGCGACCUUUUUACCACCGACCGCGUCAUCCAGCUUGUGGCGACCUUGUUCGUUCGUUCAACUUCUCCCAAGCGCCGUCAGUCUCCGCACGACUGGGCCGUUGAUACUAUGACGGACGCGCUCCGGGACGAACGACCUCACUGUUGGACGACACUGAUGACAGAAGUUGGACGUCGUUGGCCGGAUCCUGGCUUUGCCGACCGAGUGUCCCACGACUUCUACGGGUGCCGACAGUCUUCGUCUCGCGCCUACGACCAUGUGGGCGAAUGGCGUGCCCGCUACCGAGCGUUUAUGCACAACGACCCCAGCUUCAGCCUCUCGCCCCUUCAACUCGCCACAACCUUUUAUCAAUCGUUGAGUGAUGUGGCUAAGCGGGAAGUGCGGGCUGGUAUGCUGCGGGAAUAUCGGGAUAACUCACUCGUGACUAUAGGGAGGUUCGGACGAACUGUCCCGUCCCUCGAGGAGGUUACCGACUGGGCCGCCAUCGCCGACGACACCGGCACGACAUCAGUUUCGACCCCGCCGAUUCGUACGGCGACUUAUGGAGCAAUUGCAAAAACGCCACGCACCGCCCCAUCCACGCCGAACGACGACGCACGUACUCAGAUCCGUCGAGCUCGAUGGAUGAACCGCGCCGGUAAAUGGCAACAGGCCCACCUGUGGAAGGAUCGGAACACGUGGUUCUCGCCAGCAUCGGGUGGGGUACCCGCCAGCAUGGCGUGUUUUAAUUGCGGUCAAGGUGGCCAUUUCUCACAGCAUUGUACAGCGGAGCGACAAUCCCCCUCGACCGUCCAAAUAGCAGCAAUUGCCUUCGCCGACAUGGACGAGGACGAAUGGUCGUCGGCCUCAGGUGACGUUGAGGACCCCCAGGUGCGAUUCCCCCUUCCCCUCGAGACUGAUUUGACUCGACCGUCGAGUUCCGCAUCCGCCUUAGUGACGCACCACUCUUGCCCUCCGGCAGACCCUGUUGGUCGAGUGAAAGACGUCGCCUCUUCUUCUUUUGAAGUUCAGACCUCAUCAAGUAGUUCGCAUCCAACCGUGCCGGCAAAUGAUGCAGAUCAACAUCGUCUCGACGAUAGCCUGGCUGACAUCGCGAUUGACGCGGUGGAAGAUGUCUUGUACUACGCUGAUGCCGCGUCGCGCUUGUGUCAUUAUCCGGGGCCGGAAGUGGUGUCGUCUCGCAAGGCGGAAAGGACUGCUUCGGUGAGCUCUUUCCAGAUUCUUGUGCCGUCGGGUGUGUCUCUCUUGGCGUCCGCUGUGCCCCUGAUCGACAUCGACGAACCCGACCGACCUGUCGAGCCCGCCAUUGUACGCGCCCGCAACGUCAUCGCGUGGACGCUACCUUCUGGAAGGGUUUUGCGAUGUUUGAUCGACUCGGGAUCAGAGGUCGACUUGGUGGAUCAGGAGGUGGUGCGAGUCGACCCGAGCUUCGCAACGGCCCGUUUGACUGCGCCGUUGCAUUUGCGCCUCGGCACCCAGGAUAAGUCCGACCGAUGUGCUGUGUUCGCCACCGCUCCUUUUUCGUCUGGUGCCCUAGAUCUCGGUUUGCGACCAUUCUUCGUUUGCCGGGUAACGGCGUACGACGCCAUCUUGGGGCUGCCAUUUCUUAAGGACACAGGCAUGCUCGUUGGUUGGGGCGCCUUCACCGUCGCGCGCACCGGCCCUUCGCAACCCGUCGCCCAGGAUACGCACGAAUGGGACCGAGCCGUCACCGUAGCACCUAUCUUAUCUGGUUCUGCCAUUGGCUGCAAUCACCCUGGGUUGCUCCCCGACGACGAGAUCAUCGGCCUCGAGCCACACAACCCGCUGCUUGAUGUCGUCGACGAUCCGGCGCUCGACGAUUUCUCUGAGUCCGAAGCACGAACACGAUUGGCUGCCUUACUCGAGAAAUUUUCUGAUGUGUUCGUAGAUUCGCUACCGAUGGACCAACUCCCACCGUACCGGCCAGUCAACCACGAGAUCCCGUUGAUCGAUCCCACCGAAAAGGUCAAACCCCGGGUAUACCCCCUUGCCGACAAAUAUCGCAGCCAGUGGGCGGAACACUCAGCUAAGUACACUCGUGGUCGAUUCUGGGUUUCGGGUCCGAUCGAUUCUGCGGCUCCGGUCUUUGCCAUUCCGAAGAAGAACUCCCAGACGGCUCGUUUCGUGAUCGACCUCCGCGCGCGCAACAGCAACACCGUCAAGCGUUUUUCGCCCAUCCCGGACAUGACCAAUGUUCGAUACGAGGUGGCUCGAUCGCGUUAUCGCUCUAAAUUUGACGUGGCCGCGGCAUUUGAGCAGGUUCGGGUCAUACCGGAGCUGUCAGGAGCACAGCCUGCACUGCCAUCAAUACUCGAAGGAAGUCUCCCAAGUUUGCGGCCGGAGUCGACAUCAGCUACCGGUUUGUUCGUUGCAAGCAUUGUCGGCGCGAUGGUGUAGUCGUGAGGGCGCGCGGGCGCGCACUCAGUGGUCGAGGGUUCGAUCCGCCCGGAGCGUGAUCUGCCUUUUGGUUUCUUUUCCUUUUUGUUAUCCGAGGCCCGGCUUCGGGGUUUUUACCGGUGCCUUGCAGGCAAUCCUUUUUACCCCUGAAGCGACCUCGUGGUGUAGUUAUUUGAUUCAGUCUUUCCUUCGCUCGGAGCACUUCCCUCCUUUUGCUUUUGCCACCCUUCCCCUAGAGCUUGGUCCACUCAUUAUCAUGACUCGUACCCUCCCUCUUUUUACCCAUUUCGCUGGCAAUUAAGUCCGUUACACUUGAUUUGCUGCGAAGCCUUCCGACCGAAUCCACUCCUCGGUUGCUCUCGGUCGACUGCCGCCGCCCAGCCGACUCGACCUUCCCAUCGGCCUGGUCAGCUAUUUCUUGGAUCGUUUGCCCUUCCUCUUUUGUCCGACCUCGUUGGCCACCAUAGUCCGGUACACUGGACUUGCUGCGAGCCUUGCAGCCGCGUAUCCUCCGCGGUUGCCUCUCGGUCGACUUCCGCCGCCCAGCCGACUCGACCUUCCCACCGGCCUGGUCAGCUAUUUCUUGGAUCGUUUGCCCUCCCUCUUCUGUCCGACCUCGUUGGCUACCAUAGUUCGGUACACUGGACUUGCUGCGAGCCUUGCAGCCGCGUAUCCUCCGCGGUUGCCUCUCGGUCGACUGCCGCCGCCUCGGUCGACACCCCCUUCGCUCCUUCGCGCUUUCGCGCGCUCUCUCGCUCUCUCCCUCGUCUCUCGCGUGUAGUCAUCGUCAUCCCCUCCGACGUUGCCUGUCAGGAGCACGUCGAUCGCACCGGCUUCGCAACGGUGACGGGCACGUACACGUCGCGGGUCAUGCAGUUUGGUGACACCAAUGCGCCCAAUACCCUCAACCUCUUAACCUCGGCGAUGUUCCAGCCGUGUCUCCCGUUCGCCAAGAUCUUUUUCGACGAUGUCCACGUCCAUUCCGAUACCCGUCGCGCGCACUUGAGACACAUCAAGAUCCUGCUGAUGACAUUGAGACAUUACCGGUUCUACUUAGGAUCCAAGAAGUCCGAGUGGUUCUCAAAGUCGUUGGACUCCUUGGGCACCAUCAUUUCCGACGUCGGCAUCGAAGUCGACCCCGCCAAGUGGGUGCGUAUCCGUCAGUGGCCGAUCCCGUGCAACAAGACCGAUGUCCAGCGCUUCCUCGGCACCGUCAACUGGAUGCGAGAUCACCUACCGCACCUCUCAAAGAUUUUGGAGCCGAUCACCGCGUUAAUGGCGCAAUCGACGUCAUGGCGUUGGAACGAGCGAGAACAGCAGGCUUUCGAUACCGUCAAGUCCCUUGUGCCCGCCAUCCUACGACCGAUCGAUGGCGCCAAGGUUACCUCGGGCGAGCACAAGAUGUACCUCUUCACGGAUGCCAGUCGGGUUGGCAUUGGCGCUUGUUUGGCGUCCGGGCCCAACCGUUCGCAGGCCGUUCCAACGCGAUUCUUUUCCGCUAAGUUCAACGGUGCUCAGCUCAACUAUCAUGUCACUGAUAAAGAGUUCUUGGCUGUCGUCUCGGCGUGUCGGGCGUUCGAGCAGCACUUGAUCGGUUACCCCUUCGUCAUCGUCACCGACCAUCAGGCCCUUCGCACGAUAAAAACCCAAAAACUGCGCCAAACGCCUCGGCACAUCCGCAUGUGUCUCGAACUUAGCCGUUUCGACUUCGAAUUUGAAUUCAUUGCUGGCAAGAACAACACCCUGGCCGAUUCGUUGUCGCGUCUGUGGGAGGUCAAGGAGGGAUCGCACGAGGAUCAGGUCAAGGAGAAUGAGUUGGAGGACAUGUUCUUUGAUGGAGAACGCCACGAAUUCACUACACCCGGUGAGAGCCUCCCUGAGGAACGUCCUUGCACUUCACCAUCUCCCGAUCGGUUGCCUCCUGUUGAUUUUGCCCUCGGGCCCCAACACGACGAUUGCGAGGCAGGCUCUCCCGGAUACUACGCGCUCAAGGAGGAAUCGCAAGACGAGGACGUGAAUGGACAGGAAUUAGGGAAUUUGUUCUUGAAGGAAGAAUGCCACGAGUUCAUUACGCCCGGUGAGAGCCUCCUCGAGGAACGUCCUUACACCUCACCUUCGCACGAUCGGUUGCCCCCUGUUGAUUGCGCCUUCGGGCCCUGGGGUCACGGUUACGACGCAGGCUCUCCCGGUUCCCCUCAUCUGGCCGAGAACAUUAUGGACGCCGUCGAUUCGUCUAUCGGCCGCCUCUCUCCUCCCAUCGCUGUCAAUCGAGUUCACGCUAUCGCUGCGGCUCCCGCCAACGACCCGCCCAUUCCGGUCGAUGCCGACGCCGACGAACUCGAUUUGUUGGGAGUUGCCACCGAUGACGUCAACGACACCCCUGUAGUCCAUCGGCCGCCUGAUCCACUGCCCCAACCCUUCCUCGACACCGUCAUCCGAGCAUACGCCAACGAUUCGCAAGCCCAGGUCAUCAUUACCGACCCGCUAUCAUGGCCUAUGUUUCGGGUGACCGAGGAAGGGAGGAUUUUGCGUGUACAUCCAGAUGAGUCUCUUUCCUUGUUUGUGCCUCGUGGUCUCGCUACUGGCGUCGUCAACUCCGACAAGGUCCCAUCGCUGCGCGAGCUCGUGCUUUCGGAGAUUCAUCGAAGUGUCGGGCAUGCAGGACAUCGCAUCACCUUGGCCGCCAUCCGUCCUUUGUACUGGUGGUCGUCCAUGUCUGCCGAUUGCGCCGAGUUCUGCCGUUCAUGUGAAGACUGUACCCGAGGCAAGGCGUCCACUCAAGUCCCCUAUGGCCGACUGCAUCCGAUGCCGAUCCCUUCUGGUCCUUGGGAACAAGUGGCCAUCGACUUCAUGACAGGACUGCCUCCGGUCGAGCUCGAAGGGAUGAUGGUUGCUCAAAUCAUGGUGGUCACUGACACUUGGGGCAAGAUGGUCCACCUGAUUCCCCUCCCAGCCGAUGCCGACUCGGAGCUCGUUGCCGAGAAGUACUACGCCACCGUCUUCCGACUGCAUGGGAUGCCUUCCGCCAUCGUUUCCGACCGUGAUCCCAAGUUCACCUCGCAGUUUUGGCGGGCAUUGCAGGCAAAGAUUGGCACCGUCUUGCGAAUGUCAACCGCGGCACACCCCGAGACGGACGGAUCGAGCGAGAAUCGGAUCAAGAUGGUCACCCAAACCCUGCGGAUCAUGGUCUCGUCAAACCACGAGGCUUGGGCAUCUCGUCUUGUUGAAGCUGAGUUCGCUCUUAACUCUUCUGUUGCUGUGUCCACGUCGCUGUCGGCUUUUGAGGCAACCUACGGCUACCUUCCUCGACGUUGGCCCUCGGAUUCCUGGUCUGUCUCGGACGUCCCUCGUGCGGAAGCGUUUGCUCGGAUCCGACAAUUACGGAACCUUGACGUGACGGAUGCGAUCAUUGGAGCACGCCUCAACCAGUCCCAUCAGGCCAACAAGCAUCGACGCCCAGACGACCCCGCCUUUCGGACCGGCAGUUACGUCUAUCUUUCGACAAAGAACCUGGCAGUUCCUGACGGCAUGAAGUCGAAGUUGUUGCCGCGCUACAUCGGCCCCUUCCGUAUCCGAGCGGCCAUCCCUGCGACGUCCAGCUACGACCUCGAGCUCCCUCCAGCGAUGUCGCGAGUGCACAAUCGUUUCCAUGCUCGACUGCUUCGGCCUUGCGUUGAGAAUGAUGCUGAAAGGUUUCCUGGGCGUGACCCCGCAGUUCUUUUUGUCGAAGACGUAGCCGACGCAGCCGACAAUUCUGCGAUUCCGGAACGGAUUGUUCGCGAUUGGCGGAACGCUCGGGGCGCUCGUUCGUUCUUGGUUCGAUGGGUAGGCCGUAACGACACCGACGAUACUUGGAUGUCAGAGCAGUCCAUUCGCCUUGACCAUCCGUCCGUCCUCGACGCCUACCUCGCGCGCCUCGAUCGCUCGAACCGCCGCCUCGCCGCACGGUAG